UUGCGGCGGCUGCGCUUGGCGCACGGGCCGGCACGAGGCAGGGGCAGGCGGGGCAGGCGGGCCCGUUAUCCGGCUGCUGCUCUAGGCGAGCCGGGCGGCCAGAGAGGAAGCCCGGCCCCGCACACACCAUGAUUCCCCUGGAGAAGCCGGGCAACGGGGAGUCGUCGUCGGCCGCUGCUUCCUCGGGCUCGGGCCGGGGCGGCCGGGGGCAGAGCGCGGCGCGCCGGCCGCCGCCGCCCCAGACCCGCGGGCUGCUGACGGAGAUCCGCGCUGCCAUCCGCACCGACCCCUUCCAGGACAGCUACAGCCUGAGUCCAGGCCGGGAGCUGGGCAGGGGGAAAUUUGCAGUGGUGAGAAAAUGCAUAAAGAAAGAUUCUGGAAAGGAAUUUGCAGCUAAGUUCAUGAGAAAAAGGAGAAAAGGCCAAGAUUGUCGGAUGGAAAUAAUUCAUGAAAUCGCCGUUCUUGAACUAGCCCAGGAUAAUCCGUGGGUCAUUAAUUUGCAUGAAGUUUAUGAGACGGCCUCCGAGAUGAUCCUGGUUCUGGAAUAUGCUGCUGGAGGUGAAAUCUUUGACCAGUGUGUUGCAGACAGAGACGAAGCCUUCAGCGAGAAAGAUGUUCAGAGACUCAUGCGGCAGAUUUUAGAAGGUGUGCACUUCCUGCACACUCACCAUGUCAUUCAUCUGGAUCUGAAGCCACAAAAUAUCCUGUUGACAAGUGAAUCUCCACUGGGUGACAUCAAGAUAGUUGACUUUGGACUUUCAAGGAUAGUGAAGAACAGCGAAGAGCUCCGAGAAAUUAUGGGCACCCCCGAGUACGUGGCUCCCGAGGUUCUCAGCUACGAUCCCAUCAGCAUGGCGACAGAUAUGUGGAGCAUCGGAGUGUUAACAUAUGUCAUGCUCACAGGAAUAUCACCUUUCCUGGGUGAUGACAAGCAAGAAACAUUCUUGAACAUUUCACAAAUGAAUUUAAGCUAUUCUGAGGAAGAAUUCGAUACUGUGUCUGAGUCAGCUAUUGACUUCAUUAAGAAACUUUUAGUGAAGAAACCCGAAGAUCGAUCCAGCGCUGAAGAAUGCCUGAAGCAUCCGUGGCUGACACAGAGCCAAGUUCAAGGUCCCGGUGUGAGAGUCAAAGGGGCAUCAGAGGAACCAAACACCCUCCACCAAGGUGAUUCUGGGCUGGACGCUGGCUCAGAUCCUGAGAAACCGGAAACCGAGGAACCAGUGGUAACAGAAGAGUUAAUUGUGGUUACUUCAUAUACUCUAGGACAAUGCAGACAGUCUGAAAAAGAGAAAAUGGAGCAAAAGGCCAUUUCAAAGCGAUUUAAAUUUGAGGAACCUUUGCUGCAGGAAAUCCCAGGAGAAUUCAUCUACUGAGCCGUGCUUCCCUUUAGAACCUUAAGAUUUCUACAUUGAAAAUGUUAUUUAUGGACCUUUGACCAGACGGUACAUAAUCUAAUGAAAGUGGAUGGAUGACCAGGCAUCACUGGAGACAAAAACUGUCAAACUUGCGGAGUUAAGUGAAUCCAGCCAGAUUUCUAAAUUUGCCAAGUAGGUGGUUUCGCAGGUAAAACUGUUUCAAUGUUAUUUUUAAGGAGUGAGAUAUUUGCACCUUUAAGACUGCAUCCUGUUUCUCCAGAAUGAGAAUUUGUAUUUAACAAUAUUUGUAUUCACUUUCCUUAAAAAUCUAAGUAAAAGUGCCAAAAGUAUGCCUAUCUCCUUUGUAUUAUUCAUAUGUGUAGCUAUAUCUGUACAGACACAUGUUGGUAUCUUCACUAAAACUGAUACUUUUCCACUUCAGAUUUUUCUUGGGAAGAUUUUAAGUAGGAAUUCUUCUAAAUAUUUUGAGAAUUAGAGUAUACAUAAUAGUUUGAUACUAUCUUUUUAUAAUUUUUUCUUUUUUACUGGUUUAUAUUGACUUGAUUUGACUUCUGCUGGGUCCAAUAUUUGUAACCUGCCAGUGAAAAUCCCUGGCUGAUUUUCUGUUAGGCAGUAAUUUUUUCACCUCUGAGAAAGGUUACUAUAAUUUGUAUAAAAUUAAAAACUGCCGUAGCCAUUUCCCCUCAGCACAGCACGCUCAUGUGCUGUCAUGGAAUACUCCCCAUCUCUCCACCCACGCUUGUCACCCAGCGGUCGUCACUGGCCGCUGUGUGAUCUGAUUCACACUGUAAUUGGCUUUGAUCAGUAAAAAGAUGCUAUUAUUUUUAUUCCCAAGAUGAUAAAAUCUGAAGCACAGGAGGAAGAGAUAAAGUGCAUUCGUUCUGGCCAGGGAGCCCAUGCUCACUCAGCCUUCAGCUCUUGAAAGGUCAAAACCAUUUAAACCUUUACUUUGUCCAUAAAAAUUCCAACAUUUUUACUUGGGGCCUUUGAGAGAUCUUCCAAAAGGACCCAAAAGUAAGAAUAUAGUCAAUUAAGUUAGAUUUAGAAUCGAAUGUUUCAGUUAUAUCCAGGCUCCACCUUGAAUAGUACAGUCCUGUUAUAAAGACGGAAAUGCAAAAGUGGAUACACUCUCACUGUUACAGUGUGUGCAGUCGAUUCGAGGAGAUGUAACCAAUGGCCUGGUCUUCCCCGGCUCAGCAUGCUUUAUUCAGAGUUAGACAAAAUGGACUGGGCAGAUCAGAUGAGACUGCACUGUUUUAAACGCAAGUUGACUUUAGAAAGUUUCUGAAAAGUUAGCAUAUCUAAAUAAGCUCUUAGUAGGGACCAGAAAAUUCUAUCACAGUGGCAAUUUAGAGCCUCGGGUAGUUAAAUUCAAAUGUAAUGCAAAUUUGUUCUGUUUCUCUGAGAAAAAUAGGGAAG